CUGCUAUAAGAUGCUGUGAGGACUGCUGCUGUCUGACUCAUUUACAGCUUUGACACAAGGCCUAUGAGGAUGGCGUCAUUUAAACUGAGGUGCCUUCUGUUUACAAUCUUCCUGCUGGCCUUUCUACAUCUGAGCUGCAACACUGAAGUCAAGCUGAAGACGACGCUGCAAGACUGUCUGAAUGACACAGACUAUGAACUACUGCACGAAACUCUGGACAAAGGCCUUCCGAAAACAGCUAAAACCUAUCAUGUGGCCAUCGUUGGAGCCGGCAUGGCUGGACUGACUACAGCCAAACUCCUGGAGGAUGCGGGAUACAAGGUCACUAUUCUAGAAGCUAGUGAGCGAGUUGGAGGACGAGUUCACACAUACAGGAACGAAAAGGAGGGCUGGUAUGUGGAACUGGGGGCCAUGAGGAUCCCAUCAACUCACCAGAUCCUUCUCUCACUUGUGAAGAAGCUGAAUCUCACAACCAACAAAUUCAUCAUGGACGAUAAGGAGACCUUCUAUUUCGUGAAUGGAAAGAAGAUUAAGAAACAUUUAGUGAACAACAACCCCUGCCUCCUGAACUACAACAUUCCACCUCCUAAGUGCAACAAAUCUGCCCAUGACAUAUUAACUGAAUCAUUGACAGCAGUAAAAGACAUAGUCAGUACCAAAGGAUGUAUGGAAGCACUGAAAAUGUUCGACCACUACACUGUGAAGGAAUAUUUUAUCAAGGAAGCAAAGCUAGACACUGAGACCAUCAGAAUGCUGGGAGAUGUGCUGAAUGAAAACGCCAUCAUGUCACUGGCUCUGUCAGAGAUGAUCUACUUUGAGAACGAUAUUGGUGACGAAGUAGACUAUUCAGAAGUGACUGGGGGAACAGAUCUCAUUCCCACUACCUUAAAGAACACGUUAACUAAGACAGAGGUCAUCUUAAAUGCUGCUGUCAAAGAAAUAGAUCAAACAUCAAACGAGGUCACUUUAAAAUAUCAACUGAACCAAGAAAUCAAGUCUCUUCAGGCUGAUGCGGUCCUGGUAACCACCACAGCCAAAGCAGCUCUCCUGAUGGACUUAAAGCCUCCACUCUCCACUAAUAAGGUUGAGGCCAUGAGAUCCAUCCAAUAUGGAAGCUCCACCAAAGUGGUCUUGACCUUCAGUGAGAAAUUCUGGGAGAGAGAUGGAAUCAAAGGAGGAAAGAGCGUCACAGACCGAGCCUCUCGUUUCAUCUACUACCCAAGCCACAGCUUCCAUGACAACAACAGAACCGGCGUUCUCCUGGCCUCCUACACCUGGGCUGAAGACUCCCAGUUCCUCCUGGGCAUGAACGACACUCAGUUACAAGACCUCAUCAUGAGAGACUUGGUGGAGAUCCAUGGUGAUCACGUCCGGUCUCUCCUCACUGGGAUGGUGGUAAAGAAGUGGAGCCUGGAUUCCUACAGUUUGGGUGCAUUCGCUCUGUUUGGACCCUACCAGCACGUACAGUACGCCAGUGAGCUGUUCAGAAGUGAGGGCAGAAUCCACUUUGCUGGUGAACACACAGCUUUUCCUCAUGCUUGGAUUGAAACAGCCAUGAAAUCUGCAAUCAGGGCAGCUACCAACAUUGCUAAUCAGGCAGAGUCGGUACCAAACAAUGAUGAAAUCAGAGAUGAGCUUUAAGGCCUUUGGUCUGUUUUCGGAGCCAAAAUCUGCAGUUUACUAUUUACUUUCAAUGUUUCUAUAUUAAUAAUCCUUUUCUAUAUCUAGUUUUUAUUUUGUUCUUCGUUCCGCUUAAAUUGUCGUGUGAAGAGUUUUUUGCUACUUUUGUUUUAAGUCAGUCAAUUAAUGCCUUUUGUCUUUCGGUUUGGAAACUUCACAUCUACCGGUAUUUGUUUCUUUUCAUAAUAGCUGAAUCGUGUUAACAAUCUUUUUGUUUUUCUUUAAAGUCUUGUUUUGGGGUGGAUUAAAUUUGGUUGAACUGUA